AUGAGUCUCGCGCUUCGACGGAUUCAACGUCUUCGAAGCCCUGUAAUUACUCCGAUUAGGGUGACAAAUGUGCGAUCUCGUCAUAGCCUGGCUAGAAUUUGGAUUCCAGGUAGUUCAGCUUUUUAUCCUGGAUACUUACUAAUGGGACAAACUUUGAGUGAACCGGUAACCACAAAGGAAUCGGCAUCAUGCGUUAAUGAGCUGUUCACGGUAGGCAGUUCGUGUAUGCAAGGAUGGCGAAUAAAUAUGGAGGAUGCACAUACACACUUACUUUCAUUGCCGGAUGAUCCACGUUGCGCAUUUUUUGCCGUCUAUGAUGGUCACGGCGGUCCGAAAGCAUCUCAAUUUGCCGGCAUCAACCUGCACAAACAGAUUCUUCAACAAGCUGAUUACGCACAAGGAAAUUUACCGGAAGCAUUACGGAAGGGAUUCUUGGCCCUCGACGAGCAAAUGCGAUCCGACGAUGAGAUGAGAGAUGACGUCUCUGGGGCGACAGCAGUGGUUGUAUUAGUUAAAGAUGAUAUCAUUCACUGUGCAAAUGUUGGCGAUUCGCGAGCAGUUGUUUCUGUCUGCGGUGAAGCUCGACCAUUGUCAUUUGACCAUAAACCAGCUAACGAGAAAGAGGCAAAACGAAUUCUUGCUGCCGGAGGCUGGGUAGAAUUUAAUCGCGUGAACGGUAAUUUGGCCCUUUCUCGAGCGCUUGGUGACUUUGUUUUCAAACGAAACGAAUCCAUUCCACCUGAGGAACAGAUUGUUACUGCGUAUCCGGAUGUUAUUUCCGAAAACGUCACAGAUGAUCACGAAUUCAUAGUACUAGCAUGUGAUGGUAUCUGGGACGUGUUAAGCAAUCAGGAAGUGGUCGACUUUGUACGUGAGAGGCUUGCUGAGCACAGAGAUCCACAAACGAUUUGUGAAGAGUUACUGACGCGAUGCCUAGCACCAGAUGCACAGAUGGGUGGUGUAGGAUGUGAUAAUAUGACGGUAGUUAUUGUUGGUUUACUGCAGAAGCAAAGUUUCGAGAAUCUGGUCAGCAAAUGCGCUCGACCAUCACGUGCCGAUGAGAAGAAAGAGGAAGUGAAUAGUGACGAAGAUAUUCGGCAACCUGUAGAGAAGGAGAAAACACCCGCGAGUGAGCUCGAGGAGGAAGAGGAAGCUCCACCCGUGGAGUUCACCGCUUAA